UUUUGUUAUGGCACGUUCGUUCGUAAUCGUAACAGUCUUAUGACGAGAAUUUUCUAUUCCCGCCAAAACUUGGAGCUCGGCAAUAAGCUCAAGGGAUUAGUGUCAGAACAACUCCACGAUGAAGCGUUGAGACUGUACAAGCUAGAUAUUCAUCCUUUAGGCACCAAUGGCUUCACAGCUAUUCUUCCCUCUGUCAUCAAAGCUUGCUCUUUUCAACAAGAGCCCUUCUUACUUGGCACACAGCUUCACUGCCUUUGUUUCAAGUCAGGCGCUGAUCGUGAUACCGUUAUUUCUAAUUCUCUCAUCUCUUUGUAUGCCAAAUUCUCUAGCACAUACUCCGCACAUAAGGUAUUCGAUGAAAUGCUUCAAAGAGACACCAUUAGCUACUGCUCCAUCGUCACUCGUUAUUGCCAGGAUGGGUUGUUGCCUGAAGCACUGAAUUUGCUUAAGGAGAUGUACUUUGAUGGUCUUGUUCCCAAGUCCGAGUUGGUUGCAUCUCUAUUGGCUCUCUGCACUCGCGUGGAAAGCAACAGUAAGGUAGCACGAAUGCUUCAUGCUCUUGUUCUUGUCGAUGAAAGGAUGCAGGGAUCUGUUCUCUUAUCAACAGCAUUGGUUGAUAUGUACUUCAAGUUUGAUGACCAUGCAGCGUCCUUCCAUGUGUUUGAUCAAAUGAAGGUCAAGAAUGAGGUCUCAUGGACUGCCAUGAUCUCCGGUUGUGUUGCAAAUCAUAAUUAUGAAAUGGGCAUUGAAAUGUUUCGAGCAAUGCAGAGAGAAAAAUUGAUUCCCAAUCGUGUCACAGUGUUGUCUGUUUUACCUGCAUGUGUAGAAUUGGGUUCUGGCUUAAGGCUGUUGAAGGAGAUUCAUGGAUUUUCUUUUCGUUAUGGAUUCCAUUCUGAGGAUCGGUUAACAGCGUCUCUUAUGACCAUGUACUGCAGAUGCGGUAAUGUAAGUCUCUCUAGGCUACUUUUCAGUACAUCAAAAGUGAGAGAUGUUGUAAUGUGGAGUUCAAUGAUUAGCGGCUAUGCGGAGACUGGAGAUUUCUCUGAAGCUAUGAAUCUGUUAAGUCAAAUGAGAAAAGAAGGAAGUGAACCCAACUCGGUUACUCUGUUGGCUGUUGUCUCAGCUUGCACCCAUUCGGCAUCGUUGACUUUUGCAUCUACAAUCCAUUCUCAAAUCCUGAAAUCUGGCUUCAUGUCACAUAUCUUAGUGGGAAACGCUAUCAUAGAUAUGUAUGCAAAGUGUGGCAGUCUCCGUGCAGCGCGUGAAGUGUAUUAUGAACUUAAUGAGAAAGAUCUCGUGUCAUGGAGCUCAAUGAUUAAUGCAUACGGUCUUCAUGGACAUGGUUCAGAAGCUUUAGAAAUCUUUCAAGGGAUGAUAAAAGGUGGACAUCAAGUAGAUGGAAUGGCAUUUCUUACAGUUUUAUCGGCUUGCAGCCAUGCUGGCCUAGUAGAAGAAGCUCAAACCAUAUUCACACAAGCUGGGAAAUACCACAUGCCAGUCUCAUUGGAGCAUUAUGCUUGCUAUAUCAAUCUUCUUGGCAGGUUUGGGAAGAUUGACGAUGCCUUCAAGGUCACAAUAAAUAUGCCGAUGAAACCAAGUGCAAAAAUAUGGAGUUCUCUGCUAUCUGCUUGCGAGACUCAUGGCAGACUUGAUGUUGCAGGAAAAAUUAUAGCAGACGAGCUAGUGAAAUCUGAACCUGACAAUCCAGCAAAUUACAUAUUGCUUAGCAAGGUUCACACAGAAUCUGGUAACUUUCAUGCUGCAGAAGAAGUGAGGAGGAUUAUGCAAAGUCGGCUACUGAAAAAAUGCUAUGGAUUCAGUAAAAUUGAAAUCUGAACUACAGAUUGCCGAUUACCAAGGAAAAUAGUGGCGGCCUAUAUGAAGAUUGUAUCUAAGCACUGUUCUCUUUCUGCAUUUCAAUUGCAGCAUCACUGCUGCAGAAUGUUCCAACAACUGAAGUAAUGAAUAGUUCGUAAAUAUUUGCUGAAAUAUGAUCUACAAGGAAUUCUACAUGGCCACAGAUUCUAAUCUAUGCUUCUGUUAUUGAUUGGACCUAUCUCUGAGGGAUGCCAGCAUGAUCGUUUCACGAGUUUAUGAUGUGCUCUGCUUUGCUACAUCUCCAUUUCACAAACUGAACUGAGCCUUUGCUAAGUGAUAUUUUGUUGUGAUACUUCUCUAAAUAUGGAUCUGAAAGAAAUACCAUAAAUGAAACCUGCAAAUUUUAAUGCCUCAAGGAGUACAUUAGCACACACUACCAUGCAAUAUCUUUCUUACUGAUAUUCACAGUCAGUAUUGGUGAUUAUGGAACUUGAGCAACUUAGGAAAAGCACCGCAGAACUGGAAUCCAAACGGCUUACAGAGGCUUGGUUGAGACUUUGCCAACCAAAACUGACAUAAGGGAUGUUUUUCCCAUAAACUUCGUGUGUUUAUCCAAUUUCUGUGGCCUGAUAAUAAAGAGCUCGGACCUUUCAAAAGAAGCCGGCAUGGAGAUUGUUUUAAGGUUUUGCCAUGUCAUGAUGUUGUUGAGAUGAGUGACUUGGUUGAAGAACUGACACCCAGAAAUAACAAGUAGGUUGACCGAAGCAUGAUGGGGGAAGAAGAGGAAUUUUUAUUUCCGUAGCUCAUGUUUCAAUAUCAAAAGGGACAUGGAUUAGGAAUAAAUGUUACUUUCUAUGUCCCUUUUGAUCAAGAUCAUUUUGUUGUAUUAUCACCUAUAUUUUGGUUCUUUUUCUUGGUGUUUUGAGUUUUCUCGAACUUAUCUAAUGCAAUGACAUUAUCUGCU